UGUGUGAAGAGUUCAUUUGCAGAAGCAGAUCCCUGCAUGUCCACAGACCUUCAUGGAGCUGCUGCUCCAUCGUCUCGCUGAGGCAGCACCUGUCAGCCUUCAUUAUCUCUGUUGUUUCUACUGGUUCUACUGGUUCUACUGGGUCAGAGCCGCUCCGCUUCAGUUUGACUGAUUUCAUCUCAAGCAGACAACAAAAGUUUUGUGAACAUCUAGAGAAAUGGAGGUAUCUGCUUUUGCAAAUGAUCUCUUCACUUCCACUCUCAUGUGCGCUUCACGUUUCUACCGUCCAGAUGUCGGCCGGUUCCGGACAGAAGCUGCUGAUCGCUGCGCUGAUUGUGUUUGCUCACGGAGGAGCGCAGGCCUGGACGUACAACUACAGCACCGGUCCAAACCAGAGAUGGCUGGAGGCCCGUCAGUGGUGCCAGAAGCAUUUCACCGACAUGGUCGGCAUCCAGAACCGGGAGGAGACCGAGUUCCUCAACAAGCUGCUGCCGUCCAACCCCAAAUAUUACUGGAUAGGGAUUCACAAAGUGGCUGGAGCCUGGACCUGGGCGGGAAGCAAUCAGAACGUGCCAGAGGAGGCCCAAAACUGGGCCACGUCAGAGCCCGAUAACAUCGCAGGUCAGGACUGUGUGGAGAUUUACAUCAAGAGGGAGACGGAUUCAGCCAAGUGGAACAACGAGAAAUGUCGAAAUAAGAAAGGAACCGUCUGCUACGCUGACUCUUGCAUGCAGGACUCGUGCAGCGCUCAUGCAGACUGCGUGGAGACUGUCGGCAGCUUCACCUGCAGGUGCCAUCCGGGUUUCUUUGGCCCACGAUGUGAUGAGGCGACUGCAUGCAAACCUCUGCCAGAUCCAGCACACGGGUUUCAGCGCUGCUUCCACCCCUUUGGUUCCAGUCGUUUCAACUCUUCCUGCUUUUUCGGCUGCGAACUCGGCUUCCGGUUGGUCGGAGAGUCCCAGCUGCUGUGCCAAGCUGGUGGACGGUGGAGCCGAGCUGCUCCUCUGUGUCAAGCUGGACAGUGUCCAGUUCUGAACCACACCAGCUUCAGCGGCGGAAGAAUGACCUGCAGCCACCCGGUGGCGCCCUACAGCUACAACUCCACCUGUGAGUUCAGGUGUGAUGACGGCUACGAGCUCACUGGAGACGCCCGGAUGCACUGCGACCACAGCGGCCAGUGGACGGCCAGCGUCCCAGCAUGCACAGUGAUAAAGUGCCCCGCCAUUAUUUCUCCUGCUACGGGAAGCGUGACAUGUGUGGACGCCGUGGAGCCUUUUUCCUUCGGCUCUCGGUGUGACUUCACCUGUCGGGAGGGAUUCUACCUGACUGGAGACGAGGCGCUCACCUGUCUGGCGUCGGGACGCUGGAGCAACGCUACACCGACGUGCACAGCGGUGCAGUGCAGCCGUCUGAAGCCUCCACUUCAUGCACAUGUGCAAUGCAAAGACCCAGCAGCGGAGCACAGCUAUGGCUCGACAUGCACCGUGCACUGUGAAGACGGAUUUGAUCUGAUUGGUGCAAACGUGACGACGUGUUCUGCUCAGGCCACCUGGAGUCAUGCACCUCCUGACUGCAGAGCUAAGACGUGUAAUCCAGUUCAGUCUCCUCGUCACGGCUCCCUCUCCUGCUCCGACCCAAAUGCUCCCUUCAGUUUCGGUUCUCGGUGCACAGAAACUUGCGACGAGGGAUUUCUGCUGAAUGGGACGUCCAGCUUCGAGUGCACGUCCCAGGGCAGGUGGAGCGCAGACAUGCCGAGCUGCCUGGUCCUGACUGGGACGGCGGACACAAACUGCACCUCUGAGGGCAGGUGGAGCAGAGAAAUGCCCCGCUGUCAGGCUCGUCAGUGCCCCCUGCUGGCCGAGGCACCGCGGCAUGGGAGGAUGACCUGCAGCCACCCGGACUCCCCUUUCAGCUACGGCUCAGUCUGCAGCUUUGAAUGCAGCGAGGGCUUCCGGUUGAGAGAAGCGCCGGCGAUGACGUGCAACGCCUCGGGCCUCUGGAGCCAGACUCCGGCCGGCUGUCAGCCGGUCCAGUGUGCAACCCUCCGGGCCUCGUCUUCCUCCCUGUCGAUGAACUGCUCCCAUCCUCUGGGGAACUUCAGCUUCGGCUCUCAGUGUGCCUUCGCCUGUGAGGAGGGAUCUUCUCUGAACGGCUCAUCGGUGCUGCUUUGCUCCCCGACGGGCCUUUGGACCGACAGCCCGCCCAGCUGCAUAGGUAUGUCGAUGGGAACCGCCAUGCUGCUGUACGCUGGAGCUGGAGCAGCCUCAGCGAUUCUGAUUCUGGUUCUGGUCGGACUGGUUUUCUUGGUCAUGAUGCAAUUUAAGAGAAAAGGAGAAUCGAUCAUGAACGAUGAGCAGCCAUGGGCAGAGACAGAGAACCCGGCAUUCGAGUUUUAGUUUUUCUUCUGUUUUGACAUUUGAUUUUGCUUCCUGCUUCGUAUUACUUUAGAUUUUUAUAGGACGUUUGGUACUGUCUCAGAAUUCGGAGGCUCUGGAGGAACUCCUGGAGGAACCUUCACCGGGUCAGAGGGCCUCCUGCAGAACUUCCAGUCGUCCUAAUGGACCCGUUACACCUUCACUCACACUUUGUUUUAUUCAUUUUAUUAAAAAACUUCCUCAGAGUUAAAGUACGGAGUUAUUUUGAACAGUUUAGAUGUUGAUGCCAGUUUUAGAGACUGGUUUGGUAUUUUUGGCCAAAUUCAGACAGAAAUCACUGUUUACUGUUUAAAAAUAGAUUCUAGGUAGAAAUAAUAAUAAAGACUUUAAAUCCAAUCAAAACAGUUGUUUGUAGAACCUCUGGGGUUCCUCGAGGUUCUCCUCCUUCUCAGCGUGCGGUCCUGGUCUGACCGUGGUUCUUCCAUUUCUUCCAUGUCUGAGCAGCUCUGGCUGCACGUCCUGCUUGUACAUCGCUCAACUGACAAUAAACAAUCAGCAUUCGUU